CGAAAAUUAUACAGCAAGCAAAUUGCUCGCUGUGCGUCUCUGCUGUAGCACAACAUCACCGACUUCGGGAAAAGCUUAGGGGAGGCUGAGCCUGAAACUUAUGUAGUCCACAAUCCAGAAUUCCCGCAGGAAAAUCUCCAAACAGGCACAAGGUCACAAGCAUCAAAUUCUCAUAAACCCUUCGCUUUCUGCCUGAUCUCGGUUCUGAAAUUGCACUAUAUCAAUGGAGAAACGAAAGAUAUCGCCAGACAAACUGACCACUGAACCUCCUGAUAUAACAGCGGAUGACUUUGAAGAUUACUUGCUAACAGAUAAACUACUGGUGGAUUAUUUCAACAUGUUUCUCAGUCUACUGAAUUUUCCAAUGCCAAUUUGGUUUAACAAACGAAUGGAGACAUUUGAAAUAGUUGACAAUGCAAAGGAAAAUCUGUUGAAGCAGUUAAAACAAUUGGUACAUACAUAUAGUCCUAUGGACCCCAUCUACAAUGCGACACUCAAAUCCCAAGAAAGACAUCCUCAGUUUGAAAAAAUUACUGCUCUGGAUCUAAAAUUUGAAAACAAGUUCAUUGUAAAGUACCUUGAUCCUGUGCAGGGCAUUAAAUGGAUAAAAAAUGAGAGACUCCCAGCAUUCCUUUUGAGUGAUUGUUACUUUGAGUACAGGCUUGCAAAGUUGCUGUCUCAGUUAGGAAGCAACACCGGACCUGGCAUGCCACAAAUCGAUCCUGCUUACCGCCCUUGGGUUACUGAGAAAGAAGAAGAAGAAGAACCCUUGUCUAAAAUUGUAGAUAUGAUUGAUGAUACUUCAGAAGAAAUAUAUGAUGAUGAGGAGGAGGAGGAAGAAGAAGAAGAAGAAGAAGAAAAAGAAGAAGAAGAAGAAGAAGAAGAAGAAGAAGACCCCAUGUCCAAAACUGUAGAUAUGGUUGAAGAUAGCACAGCAGAAAUCCAUAUCAGCCAUGAAGAGGGAAAUGAUCUGGUUUCUGUGAAAAGCGAGGCUUCCAUUGUACAAACCGAUACAGUAGAAGAAGCUCCAAUGGUUAACUUCCAAACUGAACAUGAAACUGUAGCCAAAUUUAAGGUAGCUUCAUCCACUCCUGCAACUUCUGUGAAGAUUGAGGACAAUGUUGUAUCUGGUGUUUCAGUAAUAGAAGAAGUUAUGCAACGUAUUGUUGCUGAAAAGAUACCCCACCAUAGCAGAAAGGCCAGUGGCGGUACACAACAUAGUUGCAUUCCUGGUUUGUCCAAACCAGUAGUUGUGGAUGACGAGAUAUUUGAAUCUGUUCCUGGAUACGAUUUAAAUGGACAAGAAAUUAUUUACCUUGAACCAAAGUCAGAGGAUGAAACUAAACAUGGCCAAAAAGUAAAGAGAAGAAACAAGAAAGAGGUAAGCACUGAUAAUAAGGCACCAUUGAAUGAAGAUAAGGUCAAUGAAAAAGCAGAAUUGCAUGAUCAGAAGAUCCACAUUGACACUAAAACAAGAACUCAUAAACAGCUGGUCAGCACAUUUGAUAAAGCAGCAACUCAUGGAACAGAAACCAACCUGUUUUCUGAGAAUGAGAAAAUGAAACUUCACUUGGAGAGUGAUACUUACCCAGCACCAAAGUCUAACAUUUCUCAAACAGCUCAGUUGGGUGUACAGCAAUCAUCUAUAGUCAGUGAUAUUAUAAAAACUCAAAAUCUUUCGGAUGGUAUGGGUGAAGAUAGUAUGGAAUCUGACUCUACUAAUGAGGAAGGUGAUAUCAGAUAUUUCUGCUACGUGGAACCACCUCAUAGCUUCAAUUUCAAGAACCGAAAGGGCAUUGAAAAAUUCAAGAAAUUUCUCCAUGGAACUGCUGGUGAGAAAUACUGGUGGCUAUGGAUGGAUAUUGAAAGAUUAAAGGUUAUCAAGGAUAGCAAAAAGAAGCAAAGUUACCUGAACAAGAUACGGAAUCGAUAUUUAUUUAAUGGGGGUGAAUACUGUAUGAAUGAGGAGGCACGUGCAAAGCUGGGUCUCUCAUCUGUUUCUCAGUGGACUGUAGAAAACAUGAGUCAAGUUCAGUCAGAUGUAGUCUCGCCUCUGCUUCUCUACUGGGGUCCAAGGUACUGUAUUAAUAAAGGAUUUCCCAUACGGCAAGCUGGCAUUGCCUUGAAAGACUGGGAAGAUCGUCAGUUGAGACCAAAGUCUGAUGUAGGCCCAUUUCCUAUGAUAAUGCCAAAUCCUGUCAAGGUAGAAUGCAUUCCAAACAAGCCAAAGAAGAAGUGUAAAUCACGGCCACGCCAAAGAGAAGUUCCACAGAAUAGAUCAUCACCAAAUAGGCACUGCACUAGGACAAUGUCCAAAACUGCUCUCUGCAAGCCAGAGGCUAAAGAACUUCCACCUCCAAGCGACACAAUUCAAUCACAAGUCUCAAAAGAAAAAUUUGAUGAAAAAUUUAUGGAAAAUUUGGAAAACCUAGAGUUACGUAAAACGAAGGACCUCCGCAAUUUAGAGACAUUAUUCAUUUUUGCAACAUACACUAUUGAAGAGGCCCCAGCAGACAUCCAAAUGGAUGCAGAGAACAAGAAAGAGAUCUAUAGCAAACUAGAUCCACCAUUUGAAGAGCUCUUUGAUCAAUUAGAGGAACACAUUCUUAUCUUGCUACUGGUGCCUUGGAUCCAAAUGAUUGAAGCGGAAAUGGCAAGUUAUAGUAAGGUGACGAUGGCAACGAAGAUUGAGCGUCUGGACUCAGUAUACUACAAGAAGCUUCAGGAAUUGCAGAGGAAGUUUCUGCCCAAUGAAUUUCCUGUUCAAUCAGCUAGCCAAGAAGAAAUUUUGGAGGAUCCCAGGACCUCAUGGAAAUUUGUUCCACAGCAAUUCAAAGAUUAUUCAUUUCAAACGCUUCUUCACAAUCGCUUAGAACUUGACCAAUUUCAGAUAUUCCUUAAAGAAAAUUUAGCAGACAUGGAUCUCAACUGCUGGCUGGACAUUGAACACUAUGUAAAUAUAUCUCGCCAUGAAAAAGACAGUAAAAAUAUCAAAUCCAAAGAUAUCAUCAACAAAUAUAUGAAUCGAAAGUAUUUCUUUGGACUCAGCAGCCCUGCUACAAAACCACAACAGGAAGAGGUGUUGGCAUUGGCUGGUGGACAAGAAAAUUUGCUCCACAAUCUGUUGUCUUCAGAAGUUGCACUGGAGGUGCAAAGAUAUGCAAAAGAACGUAUGGAAAGACAAUGGCUGCCAAUGUUCCUAUCCACACCAGAGUUUGCUGAAACUAAUCAGAUUCGGAUAAAAUUGCAAGAGGUGGUAGAGGACCAGAUGUUACACAAGAGCAGGAAGAAGCGAGAUGUAAUGAAGCACAUGGAUAACAAAUGGACUGCCUCAUCAAAAGAAAUCAUAGCAUUCCGUAAAGCUUUGUUAAAUCCAGUAACGGCACUUCAAUUUCGGAAGUUUGUAUCAACAAAAGGACAACUGAUGGAGAAUAAUGUACUUUUUUGGCUUGAGGUUCAAAAAUACAAGGACUUAUGCCAUUCCCAUGCAACUGUGGAAACCAUUCAGAAUAAGAUCAUGGUCAUUAUCAACUGUUUUAUCAAUUCCAAUAUUCCACCAGCUGUGCAAAUUGAUAUUCCUGAAGAACAGGCAAACAGAAUUAUUAGUCAAAAGGAUCAGCAGGGUCCAUAUAUCUUCAGAGAAGCACAGAUGGCAGUUUUUGAUAUCCUCUUCAAACUAUGGCCUCAAUUUUCUGGUUUCCGACGCAGUAUUGCUGUUGAAAGCAUAGAGAACAAAAGGGGACAAGAAAUAAUGCAAAGUAAAAAUACAGAAAAGAGCUUAAUUCAGCUGAAGAGUGUUCAGGAUCAAAAAUCUGGUACACUUCAGCCAGCUUCUCUUGAUCCUGAGAGCAGGUCCAGUGGAAGUCAAUUGUCCUUAAAGGGUGAAAGUGAUAAACCAACACAGGAUCAACAGGAAAUGAAGCCAGGAAGUGCUGAAACCGAUCAGGAUUCAGGGCACAGCCAGAAGGUUUCCUGGUCUUUUUCCAAAUACCUAGAAGCACUAAACAGAGAGGAAUCACUGAUUUUGAGAGCACGUGAGGUGGACAGAAUGGAGUCAAGCAGAAUAGAAGCUCGUAGAAUGGAGGCUAACAGACAGAACAGUAGCAGAGUGCAGACUGCAGCAAUAAAUAUUCUACCUCCAGAAUCUUCAACCAGCCAAAACAUAUCAGGCAACUUGAACAUAAAUUAAUUGUAAUUUAUCACAACUUAUUGAAGCCCAAAGUGAACUUAUCGUACAGUGGGUAUCGCAAACUGAAUUUUAAAAUAUGUAUUUAUAAUCAUUUGCUGAGAUAAAAUAAA